AUGAAGCACGAAGAAAACAAGGCUACUUCUACUGAUGUCUUUGACUGGGAGACUCUGGAGUCCUCAACUUCGCUACAAUACUCAUGUUGUUACGAGAAGUAUCAAUGCGCUCGCUUGAUCUUGCCAAUGGACUAUUGGAACGGUACAACAAAUGCUACAGUAACUCUCGCUCUGAUCAAAAAACCUGCCGCCGUGCCCGUCACACAUCCCAACUACGGCGGUGCUGUUAUUCUGCAACCUGGUGGCCCUGGAGCUCACGGUGUUCAGUUUGGACUCAGAGUCGGAGAGCAGAUUAGCAAUCUACUAGACGCCCCCAACUACGACGAUGAAGGCAAGUAUUUUGACCUGAUCUCGUUCGAUCCACGGGGAAUUGGUCUGUCUACACCCAGAAUUACAUGUUUCCAGGGGAACCCGAUUCUGGAACAAGUUUGGGGUAUCCGCGAUUGGGAGCUGGGUUCGUUCAGUGCCUCGGAUGUCGCUUUUGGACGUCUCUGGGCGAUGUCUAGAGCGAAAGGCGAAAGCUGUGCUAUCACCUCUGACGAGCCUGAUAUCAAGAGAUAUGUCACGACUGCCUAUGUCGCCCGCGAUAUUCUGGAGAUUAUCGAGAAGCAUGGCCAGUGGCGAGAGAACGAAGCAACGCGACUGCUGACAAACGAUCACUCUGGGACUCAUGAGGUCGACAGGUUAUCUCAGAUCAGUUAUCGGCCAGCUCAGGAAAAACUUCUGUACUGGGGCUUCAGCUACGGGACCUACAUCGGAUCCACCUUUGCCGCAAUGUACCCUGACAGAGUUGGGCGUCUCGUGCUGGAUGGUGUGGUCGAUGUGAUGGACAAUCUACAGAUCGCAUGGUAUACUGACUUGGCCGAUACCGAAAAGACUAUGAACUCCUUCUACCACUACUGCGCUGAGGCAGGGUACCCUACGUGCGCUCUGGCGAACCCAGAUGGCGACACUAAUGCAAAGUCUGUCAGGCAAAGAACCCUCGCCGUGAUCGAGAAACUCCGCUACGACCCCGUAGCGGUCAUANGCCCGAAUCCGGAAGUCAUCACCUCUAACGACCUACGGAUGCUCAUCUUCUCGAGUUUGUACAAGCCUGUAAAGAUGUUCCCGACCCUUGCAGACACGCUCGCGGACCUUGAGAAAGGCAAUGGAAGCAGUGCCGCACAGAUGCUGCGACCAUACCAUGCCAUGGAAUGUCGAGCGGCCUCGUCUGUCGAACAGGUUUUCGACCUUGACGCCCAGACAGUGAUUACCUGCACCGAUGGCGACGACCAAACGGGUAUGAAUCGCACGGAUUUCGAAAAAUUCGCCACACGGCUUAUGGAAAUUUCUCCCACCAUCGGCGAUUCGUGGGCAGCCAUCCGUAUGCACUGUAUACAUCACCCCUUACGCCCGCAAUAUCGCUACACUGGACCCUGGGAAGUGUCUCCUGCGCAGCCAAUCCUCUUUAUUGGCAAUACAGCUGAUCCAGUGACACCAUUGAUCAAUGCCUUUAAGAUGGCAGACCGUAUCAAAGAUAGCGUCGUCUUGGUGCAAGACUCGCCGGGACAUGCUACGUUGGCUGCGUAUAGCAAGUGCACUACGCAAUAUGUGCGGCAAUAUUUCACGACAGGGGAACUGCCAGAACACAAUACGACUUGUCAAUCGGAUGAGAAGCCAUUUGAGUUGGGAGAAAUUGCACUGAGGUCGAAUGCCCACACACAACAUAUGGAGAUUGCAGAAGCUUUCACAAAGUACGGAUUGGGCCUGCGUGUAUGA